AUGACUUCCAGAGGUCAUAAAUCUGUGCCUGAAGCCAGCGGUUCACAUCCCCGCCGCAGCAGUUGCGGAAUGCCUGCACUCUCACAGCUGGGCGCAACCCGAGCCCACGCCGAGCCACGAGCAAUCGCCUUGAGGUCAAACGCAGGUGGGGUCGCCGCCGCAGCUCAAGGUGGAGCCGGGCUGCAAGAGAUUGGGCAAGGCAAACCAUCGGGCGAGGGCGGCGCGGCCGAACAUCCUGGCGACAGGCAAUCGAGAGAGGCCUGGGAAACAAAAACAAUAUCAAUCAUCCCUUUUCUCAACUCCGUUUUCUAUGUCCUCCCUCAGCGCCCUCUGUUGGCCUGCCGUAAGAGCCUCUGGAGGGACUUCUUGAGCUCCAACCUGAGUAUCCUGCAGGAGCGCUACUGGCCCACGCCCUGGUGCUUCGAGAGUCGCUGCCAGACCAUCCUCGCUUCAGUCCUCCGCUCCAGACUGCCUGAUAUAACGUACAGAAGAGAGUUACUGCAGCUGAAGGACGGGGGGCAAGUGUGCCUGGAUUGGCUGGACAACGCUGCUGACGAUGCUAAGAAACCCCUGAUCAUCAUCCUGCCGGGGCUGACGGGGUCCUCCCAGAGCGAGUACGUCAAGAGCUUCGUCCUGAUGGUGCAGAAGGCCGGGGCGAGGUGCGUGGUCUUCAACAACAGAGGCCGCGGUGGGGUGGAGCUCAAGACUGCAAGGACGUACUGUGCUGCCAACAGCGAUGACUUGGAAGAAGCUAUACUGCACAUCAGGAGCAAGUACUCCGAGGCCCCACUCAUGGCCACUGGCAUAUCUCUUGGGGGGAUGAUUCUAGGGAACUAUCUAGCCACUCGAGGAGAGAAGGCAGCAGAGCACCUGGUGGCGGCAAUGGUGCUCUCUAUCCCCUGGAAUGUAUUUGUCGGCACGGAGAGCCUUGAAAAACCCCUUUGGAACCUCUUGCUCAACCGCCACCUGGCCCACUGCCUCGUCGACUCCAUCAGGAGCAUGAGGAAGCAGCUCGAAGGGAACUACAACUGGGACCUCGAUCAUGUACUGCAGAGCAAGACCAUCAGAGAGUUUGAUUCUAGAUUCACGGCUGUUCAGUUUGGUUUCCGUGAUGUUGAGGAAUAUUAUAGGACUGCCUGCCUCCAUGACAAGCUUGACAACAUUAAGGUGCCUUUGUUGUGCCUCUCCGCAGCAGAUGACCCUUUCCAACCUAUGGAAGGUAUCCCAGUGGAAGCAGCAAAUAAGUCAAGUCAUGUGGCUAUUGUAGUGACUGCUCGUGGUGGACAUAUCGGCUUCAUGGAGGGAAUGUUUCCGACAAACACCUACUACAGUGAUCGCCUCUAUGGACAGCUGGUCAAGGGAAUAUUCUCGAACUUGGAAGCCAUGAAGAAACUGAAGAAAGAAGCUGAUGACUAUGCCAGAAGCUGCAACAGUGAAGCUAUAGGUUCAGAAUCAUAGAUUUCCUUUUAUUGAAAUUAAUUUUGGUGAUUAUUAAGUAUGAACAAAAAAUUUACAUUUGGGAGAUUCUCUUUAUUGUGUAUAUUUCUCUAUUUGGUUGUAUUCUCUGUAGUCUUUCUUUUUUAUAUUUAGAGGGAAUUUGUCUUUCUGGUUAAGUUGGUUGUAUUAUUUAUUUGAGAAAAAUAUCAUAUUAUAGCUUAUUUGUUAACUUUUGAGUACAGUUUAUUGGUCUACAAGAUUUUUUGUUGAUAUGUGAAGGGUGUGAAUUUCAUUAGUGGUGUAAUCCUGUUUACUGAUGUCCAUAGGAAGUUAACAUGACAUGGCAAACUACUUUUAUGCUAAAUAAAAAAGUGGAACUACUUACCAAUAUGAUAUGGUUUUAUUUGUACAAAUUGUAAAUAAUGAGCUGCAGGAAUACUUUGAAAAUAGGAACUGAUUGCUAGGGUUCCUACUGGUAAAGAAAUUGUUAGAGUAAAUUCACAGGAGGUGAGAAAAGACAAUUGUAAUAGGUUAAUAGCUGUAGAGAAAGGUAAUAUAUGAGUUGAUGUGAAGAAAUGCAGUAGUAGGUUACAACUUAUGUUUGGUCUUAGGAAUGAUGCAAAAUUAUAAUCCUUGACAACACAUCUCGGUUUAAAAGAUUAUAUACUCUACAGCGAAGAUUUGAUGUCUUUGGUUUUUAUUUGAUAGCUUAUGAGUCUGCAUUUAUUUUACAAAGAGAUGUAAUAGAUUCUGGUGUUCUGUGAAUGGUUACCUUUGAAUUCUUAUUGGUGUCCAUAUUAAAAAAAAAAAAAUUAUUGAUGAAAGCAAGUUAGAUUGCUACAAAUAUAUUACUCAACAUUUUCAUUCAUUACAUUUUCUUUAAUUUGAAAUGGUCUCUUCUUGUUAUCUAAUAGUGUUGAUAGGUGUAACUAAUAAGGCAUUUCAUACCAUAUUUAAAGAUUGGUUAUCAUGAAUUGUGUUUAUUAAACUUUUUUUUUUCUUUACAUACAUCACCAGUGCAUUUUAUGUGAGAUUUCUUUUCUCUCUACUCUUUUGCAGCUCAUCACAUAUUUAUUUUACACUCUCCUUGUCCUUUUUAUUUGCAAAAUUUCAUUAAUUUUGCUCACAUUCUAUUUUUCAAGGAAUCUGUUAUAUUUCCCACUUUGUCUAAUUCUCUAUUUCCCAUUUCUAUUUACUUAUCUAUUUUUUUGUUUCACUUUUUCUUGCAAAUACUACUCAUUUCUCUUUUGUCUGUUUUUGUUCUGCACUUUUCCUUAGAUUUUUUUUAUUUCCAAAUUUUUAUAUGUAAUUUUUUCUAUUUCUCAGCUUUCUCACUAUUUCAUUUCAUACUUUAAGUUCAUUGUCCAAAUUUAUCUAUCAGGCUUGUCAUUGUUUCCCACAUUUCUCUAAGUCUCUUUAUUUCCACUUUCCUCUCUGUCUUACUCCCCACAUUCCAUUUUAUUUUAUUUCCCACUUUCCUCUCACUAAUUUUGCUUCAGAUUUUUCACUCAAAUUUCAUUUCUGAGCAUACUUUUCACUCACAAAUUUACACGCCUUAUUUCACAUUUUCCUUUCUCUAAUUCCAUUUCCUGUCCCACUGCCAGUCUCACCACUGCCGUCAUAGUCACUCAUAAAUCCAGAUUUGACAGAACUUCCAAAAAAAUGUAUAUUUCUCUCUCCUUGAUUCAUUAAUCCAUCUUUUCCACUACUAACUUCCAUGUCCCUUUAGAUCUGUUGGUGAAGGACAGAUGUUAAGAACUGUAGGUAAUUCUUGUAAAAUUAGGGGAUUUUGGGUUGCUGUAAAGGCCUAAAGCUGGUCUAUAGGCCUAGUGGAAUUGCUCCUUGACGUAUUCUCCAGUCAGAAAAUCAUAAUGUUUUGAAUGUUUAUAAGGUUUACAGGGUCUUGUGAAGCGACUGUAAAUUGUCUCGUAAUUUAUGAAUAUGAUUAUCUCAAAAGUCCAGAUUUGUUCUAUCUCUCUCUCUAUAUAUAUCUUGGUUAACAUUAGAAAAGAUUUUUUUUUUUGUAUAUAUAUUUACCUAGAAGAGAUUUUUUUUCCAUCAUAGUACCAAAAGGCAAUGAACAAGAAUGAAAAAACAGGAAAAAACAGUCAGUACAAUAACCUGAUAUUAAAAACUCAGUACACGUAUUUUAAUGUUCUGUCCCUACACCUGGCAAUAAUAUAAAAGCAGUUAAAACAAAUAUAGUCAUUUAAGGUAAUUAAGGUAUGAUUGUGGUAGAUAAAACAUUAAUACUGCAUGAAACAUCAAUAGAAACUUCUAACAGUUGUUGCAUUGUUAUUGAUUUUAUGAAUGAAACUGUUCCGUUGUAAAUUGUUAUAAUUUUGAGUAAUGCAAGAAAUGAGUUGA